CAUGUGGGCAACCCGUGGUUCUCCACAAUAAGACAAAGGAAUUUUGAGGGCAUUGAGCUUCUUGACAAGUUGUGGAUUGAUGGUCACAAUCUCAGUCAGUAUGAGCCGGGGAGUUUGAAAUUGAUUAAGAAGAUAAACCACAUGAUUGUAAACAUAAGAAGCACUAAUGUAUUCUCAGAAAUUGUCAGGGACCUUCUGCACUCUGUCAUUUGGUUAGAAGUGAGAAAAAUAGCAUUCAGUAUGCCUGCUAAAAUGCAACUAUUGAGAGUCAUGUCUUCUUCUUUUGCAAAGAAAAUUUCUUUUAAACAGAUCUCAUUAACAGAUGCUACCGUGCCUGAGAUUAUCAGCAUUUUAGAAGACAUGCCAAAAUUAGUGGAGGUGGAGAUGAUAGACUGUAGACUCUUGGGAACUGGUCGAUGGGAAACACAAAUUCAAGCAAACCAAUCACAGACUCUUAGAGUUCUGACAAUAGAGAAAUUAUCUAUAGAAGAAUUCUAUUUGUUUACAGAUCUUCGGGCUGUGAAAGGUCUAGUCUCUCUUCUCACGAAAGUCACAGUUGAAAACACCAAGGUCUUUUUGGUACCGUGCAGCCUUUCACAACAUCUUCUGUCAUUAGAGUAUCUUGAUCUCAGUGCAAAUUUGCUUGGAGACGGGAGUUUGGAGCAUUCGUCCUGUCAGGGUAGUUGGCCCUCACUACAGACUCUAAAUUUAAGUCAGAAUUCACUGAGUGACUUAGAAAUGACCGGUAAAAGUUUGUCCCAUCUAAGAAACCUAAUUCUCCUAGACAUUAGCCAAAAUAAUUUUGGUGAG